CAGUCCCUAUGACAACCACUGACCACUGCAAUGACAUUGACGUCUAUAUGCAACAACACUGCAAAUUUGUAAGUGUUUUAAAGAAAGUAUUUGGAUUGUGAAAUUAAUUAGUAUUUGAAUUACUCAUUUAAGUCAAAUGUAGAGAGACAUUAAAUGGUACCGUUUCUUGCCGUGGAACCAACUAGAAUCCUUGUAUAAGUGGAUAAAAUGCCAAACAAAGCACAAGAGGAUGCUGUGAUCAAUAUGAAAUCCGUGCAGGAGAUUGCUAAGCAGUUGGGGUUUGAAUGGAACGUUCUAGCAUUUGAACUUGGAUUCACCAGAAAUGAAGUCAGACAGUUUCAUGCAACAUCUAAAGAAAAGAGGGUCCAGGCUCAGAGAAUGCUGGAAUCAUGGUAUGAGCGUUCCUGGGACAAACCGAACAAAACCAAGCUUCUGCAGGACGGUCUUGAGCGUGCGGGCCGUCGGGACCUGGCUGAGAGACUGCACUGCUUGCACUGGGGUCAUCAAAAGCUCAGCCGCAGAGUCGAGCUGCCGUCUGCCUUCCCCUUCAUCAUUACCGUCCAUAAGACCAUAGACAACAAAGAUGCUUUGAGAAGGAUAAAUGUGCUUAAUCGCAGCUAUAACUAAUAUAUUGGUAGAAGUCUGAAACUACUAGUGAAAAUGCCCUUCACUUAGUGACAUUUUUUUUAAAUCUAAAUUUGUAUUGUUUAAAUUUAAUGAAAUAUUUUUCAUUGUAGAGUGCCUUUUUCAGCGACGCUGGUUCCAGAAGUAUUUUUUCCAUUUUUUUUUCCUGUAGGGAUCUUUAAAAAGUCUUUGCCUUAGCUUAGCUUUUCUAGUUUUGCCAGCACUGAGACUCGAACCCACAAUUUUUAUUUGAAAUGAAUGAAAAGAAUGAAACUCUUCUUCCAGAUACCAAUCAAACUGUCAUUCAAUUAAACACUCAUAUAAAUGUACAUUUAUAGUAAAUGCACAUUGCAUUUACUCACAUGUUGUUGUUUUGAUAAUAAAAAAGGACAUGACUGUGUCUUUUUCAGUCAGACUUGUAGCUUUUAAUGUGUUCGGGCAAAACUGCAGUGCUGCUUUAUUGAGCCUGAUCUAGUUAAAAACAGAUAAAUCUACUUUAAUCAAAUGUUAUUUUUAAAAUGAUAAUAAAUCCUGCCUGAGCA